AUCAUUUUUGCCAUGAUCACCUGUAUGCAAGCUUCCCACCACCGCUGUCACCGCCAAGUGUAUGAAACUGUGAGGGCCUUCCUUCUUUGCCUCGCCAUUGACACGAACACAAAUGGCUCGCAAAACCCAACCAGCCAGCCAUUGAUGUCAACUGCUCCCAUGCAUGCAGAAGACGAUAGUGUCAGCAUAUUGCCACAUGGGAUCUAUGACAGGUGACAAAUGGACAUCUUCAGCUAUAAAAGGAGACCGGUUCAAGCUAUGGGGGUAUCAAAUAUUGAGAAGAAACACAUAUCCAUCUUUAUUCUCAUUUCUCUGUGUUCUAGUGUUCAUCUUCUCUGUCUAGAAUCUAUACUUCAUCUUUUCCCUUCCUCUCACAUGUACCCGGAUUCUCUUAUAUUCUAGUACUUUGCUGCUGCUAGUUGAAUUGAGAUAUUAGUGUUGCUAGCAUUUGGUAUCAGAUUAGAUCGUCCUGAAUCCGUUAUCUAUUGUGUUGCGGCGCCCAUAAUCGCUCCGAUGAAUUAUUCAGAUGCUACCGUCCGCAAGCUGCUCGAUGCAAUGACACUAAUGGAGGAGCGCUUAACAGCUACGCUGGUUGGAUCCACACCGUCCUACCUAGCGCCCACCAGCGAGGCCAUCGACAAGCUCUGUCCGGACCUCGACCCUUGCUGCACCAACCAAGACAGCAUCGAGCACCACCGAGUCGAAGAUCCCUCUGGAGAGGAGGACCUGCAGCCACAAGCGGAGAUGGUGGAGUCGAUCGAGUUGGAGUCCGCUCCUCCAACUCUCGUCGUCUACGACCGCUACGACAAGCCAAACCGCAAUGAGAUCAUCGAGGUGCUCGCGUUACUAGAGUACAACGAGGCGGCUCGCAUCACCGAUGCGAUUGAAGGACCCACCCGUGAGGUCGCCAGCAGGACCGCUGCGCUGGAGCCCGUCGACUACCGCCGACGCCAGGUGCUAACCAUGGCAGGCGAGGUCGAGCAGGAACCAAGGGAUGGCGUUAUCAACAAGGUGGAGGCCGAGGCAGCAUGUGAAUUCCUUGGAGACGCGAUCGACUGCUCCAACUCUGAAGACCCCUCCGACCUCGCCAUCGUCCUGGUCCUCGCCGACACGCUCAUCGACGGCAACGAGCUCGACCACCCAUCGAAAUCCAGGGAGGAGGUCCAGCUUCCACGCGCGGUGUACUUCGCACCCGACAACGACAGGUACAUGGUCCACGUAGGCACCUCCUCUAGGACCGGCGACUGCCUACGCUGGAUGGAGCCAUUAUUUUCCAACCCGCGCGAGAAGGUCCAUGACGGGCUCGUUGGCGAGAUAGAGUGGUCCCGCGUAGUCCGCUUCCUCCACUCCUCCUUGCCAUCACCACACCAGGCGGAGGUGGUGGAGUCAUCCGAGUCGGAGUCUCUGCGUCCUCCCGGCGUCGUCGACAACCACGUCGAGCCCAACCUCUACAGUUUCAUCCCGCUGAUCUUCAGCACCAAGAAAGCCAUAGAGGAGGAGGUACCCGUCGACAUGCCCACCAAGUGUUUGAUGAAAGUCCUCAACCGGCGCACCUACUCCGUCCCCAACCUCAGGAGGAAAAGGUGCAGAACUUGAUCCACGUCGGCGGCGACAAGCUCAGGUUUCCCGACGACAGGACCAUAUUUCCCAACGGCGCCAACGCCUACACCGACGACAUUGGCAGGCUUGUCCUGUCCCACGGCUCCAUCCACAUCGCGCUCGACAUCGGAUGUGGGGUGACGAGCUAGGGCGCAUACCUGCUUUCAUGGGACAUCCUAGCCAUGUCGUUCGCGCUGCGGGGCUCUCAUGAGGCGCGGAUGCAGUUCACACUGGAGCGCGGCGUGCCAGCCAUGAUUGGUGUGCUCGCGUCCAAAUGCCUCGCCUACCCGACCCGUGCCUUACAUAUGGCGCACUGCUUCUGCUGCUACAUCCCUUGGCAACUCUACGAUGGAUUGUACCUGAUCAAGGAUGAUCGUGUACUGCAUCCCAGAGGGUACUGGAUCCUGUCCGGCUCGCCAAUCAACUGGAAAAAGUAUUGGAAAGGGGUGGGAGCGGACGAAGGAGGAUGUAGCUAACAAAUGUACCCAUGGCUACUACACUGUUGGAAAGGGAAUUGUGCUGGUAGCAAACAAUUUUGGUGAUGACCUCUUUCCUGGCAGCAAUGAGAUCAAACAACCAUGGCCUCCACCUCUGGAGUUAGCGUGCUUGGAUUGGAACAUCAUGGUCUUCUCUGUGUUUCGUGCUUCCACGACCCUCUUCAUCGACCUUGACUCAGCUGGCUUUGGCACUGGUCUCGAGCUGUGGUCUAGCAGGGCCAGCGACAAGAACAAGUUCAUGGUUGAACAACUGCAUAGGAACAAGAUGUCCAAUAGGGCCACCCAUGGGUGUUAUGCCUGUUGGCGGCCAAUUCACCUUCAUGGACAGGAUACCAUUUGUUCUAGCUGCAAUGAUGGUUUUAUCCAGGAAAGCAGUGAGAUGGGUGGCGUACUGAACACUUAUGGUCUCAUUGAACCGGACUUUGAAGAGCAUCGAGCCAAAAGAAUUGGAAUGACGGACGCCAUAUCUGCCCUUAUCCAGCAACAGAUGGCAGAAAUAGGAAGAUAUAGUUUGUUUGAUAUACAUGGUAGACAAGGGACUUGUACUGCACAUGGAAAGAGGUCAACUGCUAUUCAUACUCUCAUAAUGGGUGCAUCCCUUCUCCUGCAGUUGGUAGUAGUGAUGUCAAUAUUAUCAUGAGGGGAGGCCCUAGAGUUCACGUUGUCCAUCCAAAUUUCAGUAGUCUAGUUGUUGGUUCAAGUCUGGAAGCUCUAUUUGAGCAUCUACUACUCCAAAACGAUCGUCAAGGCACACCUCCUGCUCCACAGUCAGCUAUUGACUCCAUGUCGAUUGGGUACAAUACCACCAUAUCAGUGCCACAAAUGCAUGCAGUUUGCCUGGAGCUCCUCGAGAAGAAUCUUCAGCCAGGAAUGCGAGCUCUCAACGUUGGUUCAUGGAUUGGUGUGGCCGCUGACCUAGCUUGUUCCUUCUGGUCUAGGUGCUGUUACCAGUGUCCAAGGCAAUUUCAUAGUCUUUGUUUAGAAUCCUAGUGGUUAUGCAAAUCACAGCUUGGGGACAAGUUGUAUUUCAAGCGGUGGGGAAUGUCAGCAUAUUGCCACAUGGGAUCUGUGACAGGUGACAAAUGGACAUCUUCAGCUAUAAAAGGAGACCGAUUCAAGCUAUGGGGGUAUCAAAUAUUGAGAAGAAACACAUAUCCAUCUCUAUUCUCAUUUCCCUGUGUUCUAGUGUUCAUCUUCUCUGUCUAGAAAUCUAUACUUCUCUUUUCCCUUCCUCUCACAUGUACCCGGAUUCUCUUAUAUUCUAGUACUUUGCUGCCGGUGGUUGAAUUGAGAUAUUAGUGUUGCUAACAGAUAGUUUUGGGGGAAAACCUUGGAAAAGUCUGUAAAUAUACAUCUAUUUUAUAUGUCUUGUCGCUCACUUGUCAAGCUUCACAAGUCAGAUCCAUGUCAGGAAACACUGCGAUGCAUUUGUCAGCUUGUGGGCAUGGGCCUAGAUUCAUGUCAGCGUUUUUUUGGCUGAGCUUCUUUGCAGAAAGUUCAAACUGUGGAGCGAGCACAACUGAACGGAGAGGCAGUAGUUGGAAGCACAAGGAUGCUGCUAAACCAGAACAAAUUAUGUUGUGAUGCGCAUCGUUAUAUUAAACGUUGCACAUGCCUGUAUUUUUUGUUUUUUAGCCAUUUUUAUGACAAAAAAUUACAUUUAGACCCUGAAGAACUUAAUUCCUGAUUUGGACCCGAACCUCGGCGUCAUAGCCUAUGACGUUGAGGCAACACAGCUCGGCACCAUAGGCUAUGGCCCCGAGCUCUGACGUGGCGAUAGCGCCUCCCUAGGGCUGGUGUGACACCGACGCGACCUCCUAGCUCGGCGCCACAGAUCUUGGCGCCGAGCUAGGGAGGCCUAUAAAACGGCUGUGCUGCUGGCCGAGAGGAGCUCAUUUCCCCUCCAUUCAAAACUUCUUCAAUUAUUAGUUUGUAUACCAAAUCAGGAGAGCGGUUGGAAUACUUUAUAGACCAAGGUAUGAUGUCUCACUGAUUCGUUUUGUAUAUUGGGUUGUAAUUUUCGAUUAUUAGUUUUCAUUGUUCCUCCCUGAAUAUAUAGUAUAGUUUGUGAAAUCUGAUUAUACAGUCUAUUAGGUAAUUGUGUUAAUAUAUUAUCGUUUCUUAUAUGAAAGACAUGUACCGGGAGGCAUUGUGGCAGAAGAGAGGUCGUCCUCGGGAGUUAUAUCUGGAUGUAUCGAGUAAGGAUGCUCAUGUUCCUACUAAACUUCCUGUGCCUAACUGUUACUGUGGCAGACCGGCUUGGGUAUGUCAAUCCAAACAUCCAGACAUGGUUGCUCGCUGCUUCUACCUUUGUGGCGGUUUUAACGUACGUAGCUUAUGACUUGUGACUUAAUAUUGUUUACUAUAUGUGUAAUAAUGCUUCGUUCCAUUAUUUUAGGAGCACCUGAGGUUUUUAUUUUUCCAGUGGAUCGACGAUCCUGAUAAAUUUGACCCCCGAUGUCUUAUUUUCCCUAAUUGGUUGUGGAAGGACUAGUCAUGAACGUUUUAAGCGUUGGGUACCUCCUCCCCCGAAUCCUCCACCAAUGAUGGAUGCGGAGGAGGUAGCAACCGAAAGACGAAUGGACUCGCCGCCUCGAUGCGAUUGCGGAGAUCGUGUUGCCAUCGACGAGGACACUGCGAAGCACUUCGUGUGUCCGAACAUUGAUUAUCCAUACGGGUGGCGUAAGUGCCAAUUCAGAGAGUGGUUGUAUGGUCCUAUGUCCCAUUGGCCAGAGCCAGAGGCAAAGGAAAAGAAAAAAUGAGAGGGCGGAAGAGUUGAAGUUUGAUCCAGUACUAUGCAAAUAUGGUAUUGAAGCUAAGUAUGGACUAGUUCCUUCCGAGCUUGGUGUUGGCUAUUUUUGUGGACAUAUGGUAGAUUACGAUGAGGAGACGGGGAAAUGCGGUUGGAAGAGUUACGACGACAAAGGAGAGGUGAUGCGCACAAUAAAGUCCAAGAGACUAAUGGGACAGAAGAUGCGUUGUGGAUCUCAGCUCAUCGAUUCGUACAUUAACGAUUGCAUACAGGACAUGCGUAGGUACGUGAAAUCGGCAAGUUUUGACAGCCCGAUGCGUGUAGAGCAGAGGAGAUUGAAGGCAGCAAAUGAGAAGAGAGCACAAGAUGCAAGGGAAUGGGAGGCGGCUAGAGCUGAGAAACAGAUGUUGGAUAAUCUUGUUGAUCGUCUCAAGGGAAAGAUUGGAUGUGUCGUAAACUAUAUCGCAGAUGAGGCACAUGCAAGAUACAUUCAGGAAAAAAUGACGACGGUGGAGCUGAUGGAGAAGGAGGAGGACACAUCUAGAUUGAGUGAGCUUAUCGCUCACUUAGAGGCAGGAUUACAUGGGGAAGAGGAGGACGACACAUCAAGGUUGAGUGAGCUCAUCGCACUAGCUGAGGCAGGAUUACGUGCUCAAAAGGAGGAGGACGAGUUUAUGUCUCAGGCCGCUGAAGAGGUAGACGCCGCUUAUUACAAGCAGAAGUGUGAUAAGGCUGAGGCUGAGGAUCAGCUAUUCUCCCAAGCUGCAUUAAAAAGUCUAAUCAAACGAAUUAACAAUGGAUAUGAACAACGUGUUAAAUACACUUACUAGGAUGAUCCUGGAUUGGAUCAUGGGUCAAUGGGAUCUCCAGUGGGGGUACCACCGGAUUAGAAGCCCCACAAAC